CGUGAUAGCUCCGGAUCCUCAUCGCAGCGUUAAUUCUAUCGGUUUUUUUUUGAAGGCUAAAGCAGUUGACCUCCCACAACUCGGUUUGUGAAGAAAAAAUUUUUUGAGUUCUGUGACUGAAAGACGUGAAGGUGGCGUGCUGUCGAGGGCCAAGACUCUCUUGACUUCGAAGAGACCAGACGCGAAAAGAGGAACGAGCAGGAAAGUGGCCUCAGUGUAGCUAGGUAAUCCCACGAGCGAUUUUGGUACAUGAAGACCGUUUUGUUGGACGCGUCUAGACAUGCUUUCUGUGUUUUUUCGGUUUACUUGUCGAGCGCCAAGAGGUCCAUCGGUACAACGAUAUUGAUUUUCUAUACCAAAGUCAAAGUCACUUUGUUUCCCACACACACAUAGCUUCAGGUUUGCAAACUUGUCCUCCAUUCGUUAUUUCCCACCCGUCCAGCUCCACCCACUCUACGUAUUCAUUGUUUCGUCCAAUUUUGUACGAUGCGUCGAGUUGUUAUUGUUUCUCGUUUCGUUUCCUCUGUUACUGUUUCACAAUAACGACACAGCGAUAUUUAUCCCACCGGAGGUGACAGAAAUUUAAGCAAUACUUCGACGGUGUGAUAUCUCGUCCGGACGGCCCGACGAGUGGAGACUUCAACACCUCUCCCACCUGUUCCUGACCAUACAAGGAAGAAGAUGCGGCCUUUGAUUUCGGUGCAGAACGUAUCAAUUGCAAAAGUAUCGUACUCGUAUAAAUGCAUAUUAAAAUUUCCUUAGCAUGAGAAAUGGAAUUUGUAAUGCGGAUUUGCCUUGAUAAAAAGAUUUGUAAUGCAUGACUGCGAUUACUACGAGUACGAUAGUUUUGCACAGGAUAGAACGCGACCCCCCUGCGGAUUUUCGUGGCGGGCUGCAGCGUGAAUGCGGUUCUUUGCCUGUACUUCCGCUGGCGUUUUCUCGGGUUGUAUAAGAAUCUGGUGCAGCAGGCCACGGGCUACAACAUAGGCAAGAAGGCGAGCAAGCAGAAAAACCUGCUUUUGCUGAAGCUGAAGGCGAUUCUGCUUUAUCUCUCCAAAAGGUUGAGCAACGCGCUCUUCGGGAAAAGUAGAAAUCCGUCCCGGCGACGGAGCAGGAGCAAAUCGAAGACUUCAGACGGGAAUGAAAAAGAUCUUCCCGCAGGAGAAGAAGGCACGGAUGUUGAACCAGGAGAGCGGUCCGACGAGGGGCGGCUGCUCUCCCUUUUGCGCAUUGCGAUUGGCGCGAAGCAGGCGGUCUGGUUCGGGGUGCACGGGAUUUUCCUCUUUCUCCGGUCCUGGCUUUCCAUCCGGAUCUCGGAGCUGUACGGCGAAGCCACGGCCACGGUGAUCGAGGGUAGCUGGGAUAAGUUCAUCCUGUACGCCUACCGGUUUUUGAGCUAUGGGGGUUUGUCCGCCUGGGUGAACAGCGUUUUGAAGUGGUGUGAGGAAUACAUCGCGGAGUCUUUGCAGCACAAGGCCACGGAAACCAUCCAUGAACAGUACCUGGCGAACCGAAGUUACUACUACCUGGCCUACCCCGCGGUCGCGAGCGGCGCCGGGAGGAAGGCUAUGGUUUCGGCGCUGACGAAUAAAACUACCGCAGCUGGUGGUAGCACUGACGAAGAGAUAGGAAUCGUCGCAUCUUCCAAAACUACUCCUGCUUCCACCUCGGGUGUUUCGGCGAGCAAGAACAAUAAGCAGAAUGAUACCUCCAAAGCGGCGAAGCUACAAGCCGGAUCCUCAAGUAUUUCUUCUGGUACAUCUGCUUCUAGAAGCCGCGGUGGCUCGAUGGACAAUCUGAAGCUGCUUCCACCCUCCAAAACUCCAUCCUCGUCGAGAGCAGGGGGUGGUGGAGCAGAUCCCUUUAACAAGAACGCUAGUACUGGUGCAUCUCCUGACGGAGCAGCUCCUGCGGAAGCGACAUCCUCCUCAUCCGCGGUUCAGCAGUUCAAUGCGGAUAAGCGGAUUAGUGAGGACAUCGGGGAAUUUUGCCACGAAUUGGUGCACCUCUACGGCCACACGUUGAAACCGCUGCUGGACGUGGUUCUCAGCUCCCGCGCGCUGUUCGCCACGCUCGGGUUCCAGUCCCCCAUGCUGCUGUACGCGUAUUUCAUGGUGAACGCCUUUUUUCUCGGCUUGCAAAAACCGCCGUUCUCGCGGCUGAAGGCGGCCGAGGCCGGGUUGCAGUCCGCGUUCUCCAGCGCCCACCAACGAUUGCGCGUGCACGCGGAGGAGGUGGCCUUUCUCGGCGGGGAGUCCCGGGAGCACGCGCUACUGGACGACAAACUGCACUCGUUGUUGCACUUCAAGGGCGCUUUGGCGUGGGCGAAGUUCCGGCAGAACUUGCUGGACCAGUGGACCGUGAAGUACUGUGCUUCGAUCAUCGGCAUGGCCGCGAUCAGCUACCCGCUGAUGAUGAAGUACGCCGCGGGCACACUGACGAAGACGGAAGUGCUCGGGCGGCACCGCACGGCGGACUCCCUGAUCCGCCACGCGGCGGGCGCGAUCGGGGAAUUGAUCCUGGCGGUCAACAAGCUGCACAUCCUGCAGGGCUACACGAUCCGAGUCACGGAAAUUCUCGACCACUGCAUGCUGGAUAGUAGUGCACAGAGUGGUGCUGGUGCAGCUUCGACAGGGAAUAAACUUGCGGUGAAGGACCACCAAAGCAACGACCACGACAGUGAGAAGGACCAACCCGAGCCGAGGAGAAGGCAGGGGCCGCGACGAAUCUCGACAAGUGACGCCCUGGACGGCGCGUUACUCGACAGCGGCGCUCGUCUCUCGAUGGCGGAGGCGGAACAAACAAGUGGCACGAGGACCACUACUGCUGAACAAGACCUUGCGGGGGCGCAGCACGAAGAGCGGAUAUCCUUUGGCAACAUGCUGGCUUCUGCCGGCUGGGAGUUCCUGCGCGAGCAGUUUGCGCCUUUCGGAGGUGGUUCUGUUAGCAAGAGUUCGUCGAAGAAUUCAAAUUCUGGGAGUGCGGUCGUGCCCCAUUCGAACAAAACGACAGGGCAUGAUGUUGGUUCGGCAACAUCCGCCGGAAAAAAUAACAGCAUCUUCAAGGCGAACAAUCUGCUGCAAGUGCCGGAUACUUGUAGUAGUACUUCUACGCUGGCUCUCUCAACAGCCGUGGUUCCGAGGAAACAACAGAAGAAGUCCGAUGCUGGCAGUACUGGAACAAGCAACCUAGCCCCGCGGGGUUUGCAACGCUACGCUUCUUUUACCACGGACGAUGCUGCGGGCAUGGUACUGCUCGGCGGCGCCAGUGGAGGGAACGCAAACUUGCACACUGUCGGAGGAGGUGCAGGCAGGAUGAAGAUGUUCGGAGCUGGUUCUACGUUCCAAAGCGCCUCCAGCUUGUCACAGCACGCGGUAGUUACGUCCGCCGGCAUUCUAGCGACCCCGAUGGUCGGCGGGUCGUUGGGGACUAGUACUGCUACAGGCGGCCCGGUAGUUGGGGGAACAUUAAAUGCCGGCGGCACAUCUGCUUCCGGAGGUCCUCGGGUGCGCGCGGUCGGGGCGGUACCGCAGCAGCAGCAGCAGCUGCCCAGUGUGGGCUCUUCACCGAAGAUCGUCGUACAACCACCGCCAACCACGAGCGGGCACCAGCAGACGACUUCUGCAGAGGAGCAGCUGAAAGAAGCCGAUAGGGGUAGCAAAGGCAGCGGCAAAAAGGGAAAGAGAAACAAGGGUAAGAAGCAAAGUGCAGCUAGCAAUAGCACGGCGGAGACCACUACAAGUGCCGGCACUGCAGGAGCCGCAGAUUUUACAAAUGGUACAGCUCCUUCGGCUUCCACCUCUUCCGUCGACCAGCGCCGGAAUAGCACGAAUUCGGAGUCUUUCGGGAUCCACAACAUUCUCGCGGCCAAGCACGUGGCCUCGCAGCUGAAGCAGCAGGUGCAGCAACGGAAGAGAAUGAUGGAGCAGAUCCACAACGAAUUUGUGCGUUUCAGCAAUCUGACGGUCUACACCCCGGACGGGCGGUUGCUGGUGCGCAACCUGAACAUGAUGGUCCGCAAGGGCUGCAACGUGCUGGUGUCCGGCCCGAACGUAUUAAGAGGAAAAAACCCCCCUCCCCAUAUCGAAAAGGAAUGUUUCCGAAAAUUUGUGUUGCUGAUUUGCUACCUCAAAUCACGUCUUUCUUGCAAGAAGGCAACUCCACAAGCUCCGCUGCAUUGCGCAGGCGGUUUGUGAUGCUGAUGGGCCUACAGCACGGACGUUUCUCAUGCUAGACGCCUAGGCCAGAGCCUCUCUACCUAGGCUCAGUAUGGGGCUGCAUUCCUCUCCAGCAAGACAGAGCUGAUUUGUGUAUUCAAAUCCAGCAUCAGAAAUUUCGUUUUGAUAUGGGGAGGGGGUAUUUUUCCUUUUGAUAAAACGGCUGCGGAAAGACGAGUUUGUUCCGCACACUGUCCGGGCUGUGGAAGCCCGCCUUCGGGCACGUGAUUGUUUCCACGCGGGCGCCGCCAGCGGACCGGGAUGAGCAUCUACUUCACGGGUCGAGAACAUCUGCUGCGUUCCUGAGUCCGAAAGCUGUAGCGGGUGCGAAUAACAAUAAUAAUAAGCGGCCGUCGUUGAACAGCCGCAGCAGCCCGACGAGCGAAGACGGGACCGCCACUAGCAUUUCCACAGAGCAGACGGCCGACAAUAUUGCUGUGCCGAAGAAGACCUCCAGCAAGAGCCGGACACGGGUGAUCUCCGGUGGAAUGGAAAGCAUCAGUAGUGUGGGGAGAAAUAUCAAAUGUAAAAAUGUCUGGGUCUGGAAACUUGUGAUGCUGUGUGGCGUAUCAUGAGGAGGCCACAAUUGCUGGCUCAGCAUGACAAGCUUCUGAGCUUCUAGGUGUUGCCUACUCUGCAUGACAAACUACGUUUCUGCAUGACAGAAAAGUGGGGCUCUUUGGUAAUGUGCAUGACAGAUUUAAGAGUCAUGCCAGACAAGCAUGACAAACUUGCAUUCUUCCAGACCCAGACAUUUUUACAUUUGAUAAGAAAUCUGAACAAAUUUGCCCCUCGCGGCACUGGGCCCCUCGACCUUUCCCUCCCCACCAUUAUCGACCCAGAGGCGCCGGGGCGGCGGUUGCUGCGCACCGCAUGGCAGGCCGCGAAGUUUCUGCAGGAAACCGUCGGGGAAGUAGUGUUCGAACAGCCAUCUGGCGCACAUCAUGCCGACCACGACGAUCAUCAUGAGUUAGGAACUUCUUCUGCUGCCAAGAAUCCAAACCACGACCAGGUUCUUGAUACAGUUCACCACAACGCUUCUAGAAGAACUAUGGACAGAUACGAGUUGCUGCACAACCAGGACCGUGCGGGUCCGCAGAUCUUCUACCUACCGCAAAAUCCCUACAUCUGCGUUGGGAUAUCAAAUGCAAAAGUGUCUGGGUCUGGAAGGAUGCAACUUGUCAUGGUAAGUAGAUCUGAAGCAUGCAAAAAUCUGUGUUGCAUGAGUGCCAAAAGCGGCACACUUUUGACCAAGUUGGAAGCGAGUUUCUCAUGCAAGAUAGGCAUGGCAGAGACCUCGUAGAGUCUGUCAUGCUAAGUCCCGCAUUCCUCACCUCAUGGGUCAUGGAAAAUCUGCAUGACAAGUCUACACUUUUCCAGACCCAGACAUUUUUGCAUUUGAUAUGGGACGUUGCUGGAUAACGUGUGGUACCCGAGGAAAACCGAGCGGCACAACGUCGUCGAAAAAGGUAGUAUUUGCAUGUGUUGAUAAAGUGUUAUCCUGUUGUACAACGAACAGCGCUGGUGGACGCACAAGACAACGGCAUCGCUACCUACUCCUACCAAAUGCAUCAUCACAUCAAUCCCCUAAAAUUAGGAGCAGAUGAAGAAAAUUCUAUAUUCGGCCGGAUUUCCUGCUUAUACCUGAUUGGCACUGGGCAAAAAUUGUUUAAAAAAAAACAUCAAAACAGACCGCAUCCUGGAUCUGCUACAGCAAGUCGGCCUGGAGUCGCACACGGCCCGUUUGUAUCAAAUGUAAAAAUGUCUGGGUCUGAAAGAUUGCGAGAUUUGUCAUGCUGAUCUGGCAUGGCCGUUAAAUCUGUGUUGCGUGGCCACAAACAGCCUCUCUCGCCUGUCAUGCAAAAACGCAGUUUCUCAUGCGGAAUACGCAGCACAGAAGCACGAAGCAACUUGUCAUGCUUGGGGGCGCAUUACAGUGCAUUUUUUAUUGACCGUCUUGCAUCACAAGUUUCCAGACCCAGACAUUUUUGCAUUUGAUAGUUUGGAAGAGAAGGGCCAGGAUUGGGAGAAGAUGCUCUCGGGCGGCGAACGGCAGAAGCUGUCCUUCGCGCGUCUGCUCUUCCACGAACCGGCGUUCGCAGCGUUGGACGAAGCUUACAAGAGUGCACAACUCCCCCUCCCCCUUAUUUGUCAUGCAAAGUACCAAAUGCGCCCUGUGCCUUUUGGCACUUUUUGCAUGACAGAUUCUGGCAGCCCAAACAGCACUACAGUCCGAAGUGAAUUUGUCAUGCAAAACCUGCAUUCCGUUUCCGGAUGGCGGUUGUUGUAUUGCUGUUCAUGCCAUAUAAAUGAGGGGGAGGGGGAGUUGUGCACUCUCAUAAAGCCACCAGUGCGGUGAGUCAGGACGUGCAGGAAAAACUGUACUCCCUGCUGGCACAAAACGACAAAAUCACCUUCUUCAGCAUCGCGCACCGGCCGGAGGUGCGCAAAUGGCACCAGUCGGAGCUCCAGAUCUUGGGCACAGAAGGCGGCUGGGGCGUCGUCGAGGUGCAGCAAGAACAGAUGCUAGAGGAAUUUUCCGCGGCGUACUGAAGGAUCUGGUCGUGAAGCAACGAGCCGAGAUCAUUUCUCAUUCUCGUCUCACGCUUCCUUAUGAAGAUCCUUGUUGUCGCAUUUCAAGUAUACAUUCGAUCUCAAAAUGCACAUAACGUACAUGAAUCACGCUGCUCUCCUUGCAGGAGACGGAAGUCCAAACAACAAUAUUACACUCGGAAGAACCUGUAUGUAUCGCAUGUAUUAUUUCUUUAGGUUAAGCUUUAGACCGAGACGAUCUCCACGUAUAGAUAGAGGAGUAUAAUUUGCCAUCCGAAAUGAAGCGCCAACGCCAUGUUUGUCGAAUUUCGACAUAAUUACUUAGCAUACAAAGUCGAAGUCUAGCCGGAAC